AUGGGCGGCUUUGCCACGACCCUUCUCACGGUGUCACUGGCCAUGAUGAACUUCCGCGGCGUUACCGUUCAGACAAUGUUUGUCGGUAAUCUGUGUUUCGUGGCUUGCGUUGGGCUGCUCAUCAGCGCUCAAUGGUUCAUGAUCAAGGGCGACACGUUUUCGUAUACCGUUUUAACAGCGUUUGGGCUCUUCUACGGCGGCUAUGGCGCUGUCAUGAUACCCUGGUUUGGCGUUGUCGAUGCGUACGGCGGCUUCACACCCGAGUUCUACAACGCGUUCGGCUUCUUCAUUCUCAUUUGGGGGGUACUCAAUAUCUUUUUUCUCAUCGCCUCCAUCAGACUGAGCAUUGUCUAUGUUCUUGUGUUCACAGCAAUCGAAUUCUGCCUCGUUCUCGACGGCGUGUCCCAAUUUGUCAAGGCAGAUGGCCACGACGAGACGUAUGCGGCGAUGCAGAAGGCAGCCGGGGCAUUCGGCUUCAUUGCCGGCUUGCUGGGGUAUUACUGCACCGCGCACUAUUUGUGCGAAGAUGCGCUGGGUUUCUCCGUGCCCAUGGGCGACACGUCCCGUUUCUUUGUCAAGCGCCGGAAAACCAGCUAG